AUGGACGAUGACAUAGCCGUCAUCGGCCUUGGCCUUCGCUUUCCUGGGGAUGCCACCGAUCCGGAGAGUCUUUGGAAAAUUUUAGAGGCUGGAGAAUCACAAUGGUCAGAGAUACCUAAAGAACGACUAAAUAUUGAUGGAUAUUAUCAUCCCAGCGGAGAUCGACAAGGAAGUAUCUCCUUUAAGGGAGCACAUCUUCUCAAAGGAGAUAUUAGAGCUUUCGAUGCCACUUUCUUCUCGAUUCCCUCAGAAGAUGCGAAAGCGAUCGAUCCCCAGCAACGAAUGCUGUUGGAAGUCUCCUAUGAGGCACUCGAAAAUGCUGGCCUGAAAAAGGAAGAUGUCUACGGAAGCGAUACUUCCGUUUAUGUCGGAUCGUUUGUCAAAGACUACGAACAAGUAUGUCUUCGAGACCCUGACUGGUCUCCACAAUAUGCCGCUACUGGAAAUGGCAUUGCCAUCAUGGCAAACCGGAUAUCGUACUUCUUCAACUUCCACGGACCUAGUGUGACGGUUGAUACUGGCUGCAGUGGCAGUUUGGUAUCUGUCCACUUGGGAGCCCAGAGUCUUCGUAACAGGGAGUCAUCGAUUGCCAUAGCAGCAGGAGCUGGCAUGAUUCUCACGCCAAGUACCAUAAUGCCAAUGACCGCAUUGAACUUUCUAAGUCCAGACGGCAAGUGUUUUACCUUUGAUGAGCGAGCCAACGGUUACGGUCGUGGAGAAGGUAUCGGCGUGGUUAUCAUGAAACGCCUCUCUGAUGCUCUUCGGGACAACGACACAAUUCGAGCUGUCAUUCGUGGCACUUCAGUUAACCAAGAUGGUCGAACUACCGGAAUUACUCUCCCCAGUAAGGAAGCCCAAGUGGCAAACAUCCGAAGCGUGUACAAGUCUGCUGGCCUUGACUUUGACCAGACUGCAUAUGUUGAGUGUCAUGGAACAGGAACACAGGCAGGAGAUUGGCGAGAGCUCAAGGCCGUUUCUGAAACACUGGCAGCCGAUCGAGAUAUCAGGAAACCAAUUGUGGUUGGAUCGGUAAAGCCGAAUAUCGGCCAUCUUGAGGGUGCUGCAGGAGUUGCUGGAAUAAUUAAAGGAGUAAUGGUUCUUGAAAAAGGCAAGAUCCCGCCUAACAUUAACUUCAAAACUGGCAACCCAGAUAUAAACUUCGAAAAUUGGAAGGUAAAAGUACCAACUUCUCUUAUGGACUGGCCCAUGCCUGGGCUUCGCAGAGUGAGUAUCAAUUGCUUCGGCUUUGGGGGUACCAAUGCCCACGCCAUUCUGGAUGAAGCACCGAAAUACUUGCAAUCUCGUGGCUUAAUAGGAAAUCAUAGCUCCGCUGAUAUGACGCCUUCGAGCCCCGACAAACUUAUGCUUGAUGAGGAUGCUACAAAGUCCCGAGAAAACGAGUACCAGCUCUUUUGCUACUCCGCUCAUGAGAAGAGCGGAGUGUCACGUAUAAUGGGAUCUCACUCGGAGUAUAUUAAGGCGCGGGCCAAGUCGGGGCCCCGGGAGUUGCUGACAGACUACUCUUACACCCUUUCUUGCCGCCGGUCAACUAUGGAAUGGAAAGGGUUCAUCGUUGCAAAGUCGAUCACAGAACUUGCGGCCAAACUUGAAACUGCCGGAUCGUCCGAGACUGUUCGUUCCUUGAGAAAAUCACAGCCACGUAUCGGCUUUGUUUUCUCUGGCCAAGGAACCCAAUGGGCUAGGAUGGGCCAGGAUUUGAUGCAGUUUCAAGUUUUCAGGAGCAGCCUUGAGGAGGCAAGCGAAUACCUCUUGCAUUGCCUUCAAUCGCCCUUUAACUUGAUAAGAGAGAUUCUGAGGGAUGAAUCUGAUUCAGCCAUUUCCUAUCCUCACAUUGCACAGCCUGCUACAACAGCUAUCCAGGUAGCCUUGGUCGACCUCCUUCAUGCUUUUGGUGUGUCACCUACUAGUGUAAUUGGCCACUCGUCGGGCGAGAUAGCCGCUGCCUACGCUGGAGGUGCCGUUUCUCGAUUCCAUGCUUGGGAAAUAGCCUAUUUCCGAGGAUUGGCUGCUAUUAGUAUGCCAUUCCGCGCUCCAAAGUUGAAAGGAGCCAUGCUGGUGCUUGGUAUGUCUUUCGAUGAGACACGGAAAUAUUUAGAAGAUGGCCAUUUUUCGGCAGAGAUCGCUUGUGUCAAUAGUCCAGCAUCAACCACCAUAUCAGGCAGAGUUGAUGCCAUAGAGGCUAUUUCUCAAGAUCUUGCUGAAAGAAAACAAAAGGUAUUUUGUCGUACUCUGAAAGUCCAGACUGCGUAUCACUCAUCCCAUAUGCGGCUUGUCGAGCACGAUUACAGAGACUCUCUUGUAUCUAUACAACCGAGAGAGCUCCAAACCCAAGUUCAAAUGUUCUCUUCUGUCACUGGGAAGUCUGUUCGGGGAGAAGAGCUUGGGCCACAUUAUUGGUCCGAUAACAUGGUCAAUCCGGUGCUGUUUGUGGCAGCGGUAACGUCCAUGAUGCAACAGCCAGUAGAAGCUCGCCCAGAGAUUCUCAUCGAGGUCGGCCCUCGAGCGGCCUUGCGAUCGCCUACGACAGAAACUAUGGCGUCCAUUUUUCACGAAGACUUGAUUCCCGCAUACUAUUCCAUUAUGCAACCAAAGAUCAAUGGAAUUUUAAAAGUUCUGGGGCUUGUUGGGGAUCUUUGGACCGAAGGCUGCUCCCUGAAUAUGGAGCAGGUCAUCUCUCGAGGUGAAAUCCAAAGAAUGAAGUGCCUGUCCAAUCUCCCCCCAUACCCAUGGAAUCAUGACAAGUCAUAUUGGCAUGAGUCUCAUCUGAGUAUUGCCAACAGAAAUCGAGAAUAUCCUCGUCAGGAUCUUAUUGGGGCACUGACUGCGGACUCAACUCCUUUUGAGCCGCGCUGGCGUGGCUUCCUUCGAGUCUCUGAGAACCCCUGGAUCCAGGACCACCAAGUACAGAAAACUAUUGUCUAUCCGGCUGCAGGUAUGGUUUCUAUGGUUCUUGAAGGGGCCAAGCAGAUAAAGCCUGCAAUGGAUGGCUUCUUGGGGUACGAAAUUAGUCAUAUGCAUCUUUCAAAAGCUAUGAUCGUCCCCAACACCGAGCAUGGCUUGGAAGUGGCCCUGAAUAUCAAGAUAACCACCGACAUCAGUGGAGAAGUGCAACCCAAGGCCAGCCACCAGUUUUCCAUAUACUCUAAGUAUCUAGGGCGAGACUGGGAGCAGCAUGCAACUGGAUUCAUACAGUUCAAGCAUACAACUGCUUAUUCUUCGGCCCCAAGCACGGCACAUGACAAGCAGUUGGACAAGCUCUCUGAUAGCUGCAAGAAGGGUAUGAACUCCCGUCAGCUUUAUGAAGACUUGGACACUAUCGGCAUGAACUAUGGUCCAACUUUCCAGAAUAUAUCAAACAUCCGCAAAGGUGAGGGGGCUUGUGUAUGCAAAGUCGGCGUUCCAGACACCAAGUCCAAGAUGCCUGCCAAGUUCGAAUAUCCGCACAUAAUUCACCCGGCAACCUUGGACUCGAUGUUUCAUCCUUUGUUUGUCAUUGAAACGGUUCCUAUGGUUCCCACUUUUAUUAAGAGUCUUUUCGUAUCGACAGGCAUUGAUCAGGAUGGUCCAAAAGUGUUUUCCGGCUUCGCCACCGCUGACCGUGUCGGACUACAAGGUGCCACUGCAAAGAUUGUCAUGAAUGGUUGCGGCACCUCCAAGACUCGAGUUAUCGUCAAUGGACUGUAUUUGACUGCUCUUCAGUCUACAGGCUUGGAAGAGAAAUUUCUUCCAAGCUUCCGAAACCUGUGCACCGAGAUUGUCUGGCGAGAAGACGCCACCUUCGACUCGUCCACUGAUCUCAUAGAAAACAUUCGUGUUCUAGCUCACAAAUAUCCAGGAUUAGCCGUCUUGCAGGCUGGGGGUUCUACAGAGGACGCAACAGAGCUGCUGAAAGUCCUUGCCCCGGCAAAAGAUGAUGCGCCAUCUCUGUCGAAAUUCACUUUGUUGGGACACAAGGACUCGGAUACUUUCCACGAGGUGAUUAACAAAGUGAAAGAAACUCCCGCAGAAUGCUUCGUGGAGUGCAAAACAAACAUGGCGGAUGUCAACUCCAACUAUCAUCUCAUCAUCUCGUUCGAUGAUCUCGGUUUAGAACUGAAGAAGCUGAAGGACAAACUCCAGGUUGGAGGCGUACUCAUGAAACUCAAAUCUUCGUCUCUAAACCACUACACUCCCAUCAAUGGCAACAUUGACGAACAACAUUCGAGAAACCCAGUUGUGUACAGACGUCCUGCUGCGUUACUGGGCUCACCUGCUCCGCCAAUCAUUUUACUUGUACCAGAGGAUGUGAAUGACGAGGUCUCAGCUCUAGUUGACCUUGUGAAGUCCUAUCAGACCAAGCCUGCGCAAGAAUACGAGAUAUCGGUUUUGAAUACUCAAGAAAUUCUCAAGUGUGCCUCUCUUGUUGAGAAAUCGGUUAUUAUUUCACUACUUGACGUUUUCCCCUCACAUGACCAACACUACUCUAUUCUGCAAUGGGAUGAAUUCCACUUCAACCUGCUAAAGGACAUUCAGAAGGCGGCAAAAGGAAUGAUUUGGCUGACCCGAGGUUCUCAUAUGAACCCUCAUAACUUGCAAGGCUCGUCGAUUAUUGGUCUAGCCAGAACUCUUAUGUCAGAGGACCCCCGCAAGGCUAUUGUCACUUUUGAUCUAGAUGUUGCCACAAACAUAUGUGACAAUACAGUCGUAAAGAAUAUCAUGGCUGUGUUUUCUCAGACUUUCUGCGAAGAACCAAGACCGGGUUGUUAUGAGAUGGAGUUUGCGGAAAAGGAUGGCAAAGUCUUCAUUCCUCGGCUAAGGACAAUUCAAGCCCUGAAUCAAAUCAUUGAAGGGAUGGCUCCAUGUAUUCUCAACAAUCGGCCUUUCCACAACGACGCAGCUGGCCCAGAGGAUUUGUUAGAUGUGAAACUCUCUCUUGUCAAGGCGGGUUUGUGUGAUGACUCGUGGCAUUACACUGAAUUUCCUCAAACAGACAUACUUCCGGACGAAGUGGACAUCAAAUUUAGUCAGACCCUUCUCAUACCCCAGGAUGUCGAAACGGCUCUUGGACGCAACUUUGAAUCUAGCAUUGGCCUCGAUGUGCGAGGAACCAUCAUCAGUGUCGGACGAAAUGUAACAGAGUUCCUUCCUGGAGACGAAGUGGCCGGGCUAGUGUCUGAUGGAAGUAUCCAAAGCACGCUUAGGGUCAAAUUGCCCUUCAUUCAGCGUAACAGCACAAGUUUGUUCCCAAGUCAGCUUAUUAGCGCAUACUACUCACUUGUCUAUAUGGGUAGGGGAAAACCAGGCAAGUCGGUCCUCAUUCAUGCGGGGGCGAGUGCGUAUGGCCUUGCGGCUAUCGCGCUUGCCAGAAUUCUGGGGGUCAAGUUAUUCGCGACAAUUGUCGGGCAGGACCCCGAUAACCAGCGGAAGAUUCUUGAGAGCUGUGGAUUGACUUCAGACACCAUCUUCAGUGCCGAGGACGAGUUUACUCCGUGCCUCCUAACAAUGACAGAUGGUAAAGGCGUGGAUAUUCUUUACAGCACGUCGCAAGAUCGUCUAAAUGGUGUUGAGAAAUGUGUCAAAGAUUGCGGCUUAAUUGUGCGGCUUGUCGGUGGCAGCCCGUACUCUAUCGGACGCAAUUUCGAGUCGAUGAGCCGUGCUACUGCUGUAAACUUCGACCUGCGACGUCUGCUGCGAGAAGACGCGGAUUUUGUGACAGAACUACUCGCAUCCGCAUCUAAGUUCCUGGAUGAGAAGCAGUUUGAUGAUUCAGUUGUCACCUCAUCGGCAAAGGACUUCUCCAUAGACUCGCUUGAUAAGGCGUUGAAACAUGUUCAGGAACAUCCAUAUCAAGGCGUCUGCACGGUUUCAGCCAACUCGGGAGAAAACCACAAAGUUAAUGUUCUCUGUGACAAUAAUUUCAAGUCUCUAAGCGAGGCCAUCGACCCUGAGGGAACAUAUCUGCUGGCGGGUGGACUCGGCGGUCUAGGAAGAAGCAUCGCCGAGCUUCUCAUCGCCAAUGGCGCAAAGCAUCUGGCAUUUGUCUCUCGAUCAGGCAUAUCCAAUAGUCAAUCCCGUGACUUCAUCGAGGGCUUGCAAAAUGAGGGUGUUGAUGCAAGAGUCUAUCAAGCUGAUCUUUGCGACAAGGCGUCUCUAUCAGCAGUCAUGAAGAACCAGUUGUUUGUUCAGAUGCCUCCUAUUCGAGGGAUAUUCCAAUGCGCUGCUGUUAUUCAGGACUCAGUAUUUGACAACAUGACCUACCAAAUGUGGAAUGCCGCAUUCCUGCCGAAGACACAAGGUUCUUGGAACCUGGUCAAGAACAUGGCGGGCUUGGAUAGCAAGCCAUUUUUUGUCUUCCUGGCCAGUUCAGCCGGGAUCAUUGGCAAUCGAGGACAGGCCAAUUAUGCAGCCGGAAACAGCUUCAUAGACGCUUUAGCACAUCAUUGUCUCCUUCAUGGCGUCCCAGCAGUAUCAAUCGAUCUCGGCCCUGUUCUCGGGGCAGGCAUGCUCGCCGAGGACGACGACAUGUUGGACAAGCUCCGUGCCGCAGGCUUCUACGGCAUCCGCCAUGAUGACUUCCUUACUGUUAUCAAGCACGCCAUCACAAGGGAAAUAGGCUCCUUGGGAGACACCACGCCGGCCCAGGUCAUUCUCGGGGUGGGAACGGGCGGUUUACUGCGUCAGAACAAGCCAGCAGAUCCAUAUUGGUCACGGACCGCGCUCUACUCGUACUUGAACUUGAUAGACAUGCCACCACCAGGUCUCGAUGGCUCGAAUGGACUACAAGGAAUGGACAUGAAGUCGCUCCUGGCGAGAUGCGGCAGUACAGAAGGUGCAGUUGAUCUCAUCCGUCUCGGGUUAUCAAACAUGCUCGCCAAGGCUACAAAUCUGCUUCCCGAAGAAGUUGACGUGAACAAGCCCCCAAGUGCGUACGGCGUUGAUUCCCUGGUCGCCGUUGGAGUCAGGAAUUGGGUAUUGAGCAACUGUAAUGUUGAGGUAUCGGUGUUUGAGGUGUUGAGUAACGACACGAUUAUGGAAAUGGCACAUAUGAUUGCGAAGAGAGGCGGAUACGAAAAGGCAUAA